AUGGAACUGGCCGAAGGCGCACCCGCACACGGAACUGUGGCGCAUCUGCUCCCUCAGACGUACAAGCGCUUGGUCUCGGAGUGGCUCGAGGAGGACACUCCAAGUUUCGACUACGGCGGGUUUGUGGUAGGGGAAGAGAUAUCAGAGGCAAAAUUGCUCGGAAAGAGUGAAGUCAGUCCUGUGCGCCAACUACUGCUUGGGGAACGGGUGGCUCUAAACACGCUUGCACGGUGCUCCGGAAUCGCUACAAAAUCAAACCGGCUGCUCAAGCUUCUGCGAAAAGCCGGAUAUCCAAAUAUACUUGCCGGAACCCGCAAGACAACGCCCGGAUUCCGGCUGGUCGAAAAGUACGGCAUGCUCGUUGGCGGGGUUGAUGCCCAUCGAGUGGAUCUCUCCGCAAUGACUAUGCUCAAGGACAACCACAUCGUCGCGGCCGGGAGCAUCACCAAUGCCGUCCGAGCUGCAAAGUCAGCAGGAGGCUUCGCCAUUAAAGUCGAAGUGGAAUGUCAGAGCUUCGAAGAGGCGGAUGAAGCCAUUGCCGCUGGUGCGGACAUCGUCAUGCUCGACAACUUCACCCCGGACGGCGUCAAGAUAGCAGCUGCAGAACUAAAGGACAAGUGGGGAAGGGGCACAGGAGACCGCAAGGCCUUCUUAGUUGAGGUUAGCGGAGGCCUAACAGAAGACAACGUGGAAGCAUAUGUCUGCCCCGACGUCGACAUUUCUUCCCUGGGGUCCCCCGAUAGUAGCGACCGAGAUAUCUUCAUUGACCAUAACGCCCCGGAUAUGAACCUUUAUGAUAUCAAUAUGGUCGAAUCGCGCCUGGCUGCUUCAAGCGGGAUGGUCUUUCAGGUCAGCGGGGACAGACUGCUCGAUCUUUAUUACGAGAACUUCCAUCCUGCGUUCCCAAUUACUUUGCCUCUUCAUUACUUCAACCAAAGGAAAGUAAUCGAGAACCAUGGCAUGGAGAACUUGUUACUCGUCCUACAAUGGAUCGGAUCCAUCUAUGCUCCCUGGACCUCAUGCGAGCCCUACUACGAAGCGGCACGUCAAGCAUUAAGUUCAUCAGCACUGCCCAGGGCACCUUGGAGCAUCCAGGCGCUUUUACUCUUCUCCGUAGCACAACACCAUCGCGAUAUGAGACCCGAAUCUCGUCAGACCGCGGACGUCGCAAUCGAGCUUGCAUUGGAACUACAAAUGAACAGCAAAGAAUUUGCACGGGCGUACGGCGAAGCAAAUCCAGUGCUCGAGGAAUCCUGGAGGAGAACAUACUAUUUUCUUACUCUUUUGGACCAGCAUCUUGCCGUCGUGGUAAACAGUCCUGUUUUUGCGCUUCGCGAUAUUCCCAACCAUGUCGAUCUGCCCUGCGACGAUGAGUACUUUGAAAGCGGACAAAUCCCAUCUACCACGACGUGGCAAGAAUACGAAAUGAGAGAAUUCGCCGACAUCGAAGUCGUGUACUCCUCAAUUGUCUAUUUGACCGACAUUUCCAGGGUCGUCGCAUACAUCAUGCGGUCGUUCACGCAGACUGGAACGUUCGACGACACUCUGAUAUCCGCUGUGGACGCGAAGGUGGCGGCCUGGCAGUCGCUACUUCCUGCCUGCAAGAAAGAUCCUAUGAGACAGAACGGCACAGUCGACGAGGUUAUUUUUAUGGCGCAUAUGAUGGCUGCAGUCGUCAUCAUGACUUCCCAUCGUCCAUUCUCGUCACUUGCAUACAGCAUUGAGGAGCUGUCGACCGAGAGCUUCGUCUCGCCGGUCCCAUUUAUCGAACCUUUGAAGCAAGGACGAGGCACGCACACAGCGCGAUCACUAAAGGCGAUUGACAUUCAGACACGACUGCUUGCCAUCCCAUGCGCUGUCGAACGCCACAACGUCUUCACCAUGUGCAUCGCUGCAUCACUGGCGACAGCGCAGAUAUCAGCCUGCAACAUCCUCCUCGAAGACCACGCCUUAUCGAUAGCACGCGACCGUGUGAGGCUAAGCAUAGGGUACCUGAACGCGAUGGGAAGUCUAUGGCCUCUGGCCAAGAAGAUGGCGAAAGAGGUCCGGUUCGUCGCUCGCCGCACACUGGCCAGUCUCCCAAGCAAUGUGACUGUGGAGGCAAACCCGGCAGCUGAGACUGAGAUACCGCGCGAUGAAGUGAUCUGGCCGAUCAAUCCAUCGGCGCAGAUCGACAUCUACAGCGGCAUAACCCUUCCGUGGGAUCAGUCUAUGCUGAAUUAUUCCUCUUCGUCUGCUUCGAGCAUCUCUUGA